AUGUCUAUGCCAAUAUCCAUGUCUUCCCCUGUUUCCACCACUGAAACGGUGGAAAGCAGUUGCAGGUCUUUCCGGAGCCGUCGAUCGCUACGAUCGCUAGCUAGCUCUGCUAUCCCACCUCCUGUUCAUUUCAGCUCAUUACGUAUUCCUGACGAUCACUUACAAGCUAUUAAGAAUAAGCGAGUUCGCCAGUUUUACCAACAUCAAAAUGACAUGAUUGAGCGGUUCAUGGAGGUGGACGACGUAGUGGAAGCAUUAAAACGUGGAGAACAGCCAAACGAGUAUCAGCAACGUCAGCAGGAAGAAGCAGUAGAAGAAGAAGAAGAAGGACAGCAACAAUAUGACGCAACGCCAAUUAACAACAACAAGUUUAACAGGAAACCUUCGCAGAAUUCACUAUUGGAAGAUGAAGAGGCGAUGAUAACCCAGCCAUUAAUUGAGCGUACCAAUAGUCCUGGCAACUACAAGUCUAAAAAGGGCUCCCCAAGUUGGUUAAUUCAUUUGGCGAUCAAUCUCUCCUUUGUUGCCAACUUUGUCCUCUUUGGAAGCAAGGUUGUGCUGGCUAUCUUUACUGGCUCGAUGGCAAUCUUGGCAUCGGCUUUCGAGAGCUUUCUGGAUUUGCUCAGUAACGCUAUCAUCUUUGUCACCAUAAGAAUCAUGCGCAAGCAAGAUUACUACAAGUACCCUGUUGGAAAGUCACGCAUGGAACCUCUUGGCAUCAUCGUCUUUGCCGUUGUUAUUACCACAUCUUUUUCGCAAGUCUUAUUAACAUCUGUUCAACGAUUAACGGAUCCUGAAAAGAGUGCCGAGCCAAUUGAUUUGAGUAUCAUUGGUAUUGCUGUCCUUGUUGCAAACAUUGUGAUCAAGGGUGUUUUGUGGCUGUGGUGUUGGUCAAUCAAGGACAGUUCGAGCGUUCAAGCACUCGCGCAAGAUCACGAAAAUGACGUUGUUUUCAAUAUCGCUAGUACCAUUUUCCCGGUUGUCGCUGUUUGGGCUAAAUUGCCUUGGUUGGAUCCAGUCGGUGCUAUUCUGUUAUCCAUUUAUAUCAUAUAUGAGUGGAUGGUACUUUUGCUAGGCAACAUCCAACGAUUAACAGGCCAUGCUGCCAGCACGGAUGACUUGAAGCAGCUAACCUACAUGGCUUAUAGAUUCUCAUCAAAGAUUGUCGCUGUCGAUACGGUUCGAGCAUACUAUGUCGGAGACCGGCUUUUGGUCGAAGUCGACAUUAUCUUACCACCAGACUGCCCCUUGCGUGAGGCGCAUGAUGUUGGAGAGGCUUUGCAAGAUGCAUUGGAAAUGAUGAGCAACGUAGAAAGAGCCUUUGUUCAUCUCGAUUAUACUGCUAUGCAUGAAAUUGAGCAUCGGUGA